CAUUAAGAACGAUAUCUGCCGGCGGAUACGGUAUCCGCCGGUGGAACCGAAUCCGCCGCUACACCGGACGAAGGGAACGUAAUGAUACAAAUUGUAUCUUGAUUUGAUCUUGAGCUAAUUAAGAAUCUUCGAAGGUCAAAAGAGCCAAGUCUAGAUUUACAAUAUUCUGAGAACUAUAAAGAUGCAAUCUCUUCUGUCCGGCUGUGGCUCCAUCUUGCUGCUAGGUGAGGCAAACUUCUCAUUCUCACUCUCGCUGAGGAAGAUGCUGCCUUCUGAUAUCUCCAUGGUUACAACUUGCUUCCAGACAGGGGAUGUCAUCAAGUCUAGUGGCGAUGGGGACAUUCAGAAGAACAUUGCUAAUUUGCAAUCAUUAGGAGCUUGUGUUGUCUUUGGGAUCGAUGCCACCAAGCUUGACCAGUACACUUCUCUAGAGGGAGCCCCGUACGAUGCAAUUAUCUUCAACUUUCCCCAUGUUGGCGGGAAAGGGAAUAUUGGGAGAAACAGGGACCUACUCAAGCGAUUCUUUGAAUGCUGCUCCCAGAGACUGUCACCCUCAGGUCAAGUCUUCCUCACCCUCUGCAACGGCCAGGGAGGAACGCCUGCUGACCAACCACAGAGGAUAUGGGGCAAUUCAUGGCAGGUCGUAGCCAUGGCAGCCUACGGGGCGUUCAUCUUGACCAGGACGAUGCCCUUUUGUGCCAAGGAUUAUGAGGAUUAUGACUGCACAGGCUACAGGAGUCAGUCCAAAGGCUUUUUGACACAGAGUUCCAUAACCCACAUCUUCGAGAGGAGCGAGGAACACAUCCACACCCAGCCCUGUCAGACACCUACAGAACUAGCCAUCCAGACGGACCAAGGGGUGGUUACUUUAGACUGUCCAGUUGAUCUCCAUCGAGUGAUAGACAGAGAUAUAUUGUCAGAGGCUCAUCACCCUGUGUCACUUGUCUCAAGAGAUUUACAUGGACAGAUUGAUGAAUCAUUCAAAGACAUUAAAUAUUGUCAAGAUAAAGAGCUCCCUCUUGUGUUGGAUUUAGAAGAUGCAAUCACUACUGGUCAUUGUUCCCCUUCCGAGCUGUACCAUCUCAAAAGGACUCCACAUAUUCUACAGCAUAACGGGAGCCACGGCAAUCAGAGCAGUGGUGUACCACAAGGCGCAGUUCUUGGAACCGUCGCGUCACAUCAACAACCUUCAUCAUCAUCAUCAGAUGGCAAUAGUGUAGUAUCAGUCUCAUGCACUUAUGUACCACGGAUAGCAGUCGACAGUGAGAAAGAUGGAGAAUUAGUGGUUGAAGAUGACAGUGACUCAGAUUCUUCAAACAAGGAAACUUUGAAGCAGGACAGUGUUGUCUCCUCAGAGGAAAAUUCAAGGACUGGGAAUACUAGAACAGUCCAUUCAAAUUCUCAUCAUAGUGUUAGCAAUGGACCUCAUAAUACACCUCUUGCCAAAGUCCCAAGGUAUCAAUCUGCAUCAGGACAUACCAAGAAGCACUUUAUUCUAAGGCCUACACUUCUUACUCACGUCCCUUGCAGUCUUGGAGAUACGGUUUCUCAGGGUGUCUACAUCUGUGGCAGAGUUUUCCGUCGCUGCGGCAUUCUCCCAAACCUUUAUCCAAUUCUUCACCAAAGCCUGAUAGUGGUUCGAACAGAUCAAGGAGAUUCAGGAAAAUUGUCUAAAUCAUUUAAAGAUAAAGUCUUAAGGGUAUCGGCUAAUCUUCUAAGAGACAAGGGAUCUGUUUCAAUUAAUGAAUGUCUUGGGGAUCAGGAUGGUUCCACUAGCAAACAUGGGUCCCUUUUGUUCAAAGUGGAAGGAUCGAAUGAGGCCUCGGAUUCCGCAUUCACUAUAGGUCAGUGUGGGAUCUUCCAAUCAGGAGGAUGGAGUUACAGCUAUUGCACUUUUAACAUUGACACCAUCGCAAUGGUGAAAUACAAUGUGAAAGAUAUACGUUUAUUUUGGUCAGCAGAUGACAGGAUAUUCACCAAGUUUUCAGAAUCUGUUGAAAGAUGUUCAGAAUCUGAUCCGAUAUCAUCGCCUUCCCUGGAAGGGUACAGCCUUCACCCCCCUGCGUACACUCAUGAUAUUAGCUUUUGGCUCAACGAUGCCACCUACGAUGAAUUUCACUUCUAUUCAUUGAUUCGGGCCGUGACCUGUGACCUCGUACGAGAAGUUCAUUUCCUCCACAAGUAUGUCAAUCAGAAGAUAAGCUACAACUAUAGACUUGUGUACCAGUCUUGCGACAGGGCACUUACGAGGCAGGAAGCAACACAGCUCCAGUUGGAUGUGAGAAAGGCACUCGAUGAGUGUCCAGGCCUAGGUGUAAAUCCUAAAUAAACAAGUUGUGCUGGAUUUACUUAAUUUAUUAAGACAUCUUCCACAUCAGACAUCCAUAAACCUUUCUUGUAAUAUAUGUAUGUACUUUCUGAUGACAGAUAUCUAUAUUUUUUAACAAGUGUCAUUAUUAUAACCUUUAUGGUAGUAGAAAAUGUGAAACAGUAGACCUAUAGAACCUUGUGUCCCAUCUUAUAAAGAAAGUUGAGCUUCAUGUAGUAAAAUCUGAAUUAUGGGAUGCUAUCGCCACGAUUGUCUGGAAUGCAUAUUGCUAUUCAAAGUGUUUGACAAAUAUGAUGAACAAUCUAGUAUGCAUUUUCUAAGUGAUUCCAAGUUCAGUGUUGACCCUAUAGGAUUGCUGUUAACUCAAGUUGUUACAUUAGCACAUCACCAAAUUUAAGAUGGAGCUGGUCAUUAGGUGUUGAUCCAUCAUUUGAUGUUAUUUAGAUCAUCUUUUUAAGCUCACAUGAAGUCUUGAAACUAGGAAGUUUUAAUUUUGCAUCUAUAACAUCAACCAAAACACUGAACAUGAAAUCAUCAAUUGUUUUUGACCAAUCACCAUGCUCCUUUGUUAUUUAUUGACAGAGUGACUUGACCUUCAAGAAAAGAAACAAGUGUAAAAUCAACUGCUCUCCAUGUUAAUAUUUGUCCACCUUGUAAUUUUGGCUGCAACAAGAUUGAUAUGAGAAAGAACUACAAAGAAGAUAUAAGAAACUGACAAAUAAGAUGCAUGUAAGAAGAUUAUUUCAGUAUUCUACACUAAAGAGCUUGUUACAUACUUUUGAAACUGUUACUGUAUCCUAGUGUCGUUAUAUAUGAUGUAUAUGACUGUUUUUUUUUAGGAUUGUCGGUGCAAUGUUUCUUUAAUAUAGAUAUGAAUACAACCAUGAAUUAUGUGUUUGAUUUCUUUUGUUUGAAAUGAUUUUUUCCCAUUUGAGUUUCCCUUUUAAUACUUUGUUGUAUGAACUAUGAAGGUUUUAGGUUUAAUAAAGCGAAUUAUACAUUCCAAUCUUUCGAAAGUAUCAAAUCCAGUAUUCUAUUAUGGACUGCUCAAGAUAAAUAGAGAGUUUUCGCAAUCUUAUGUGGCCGCUCUCAACAACACCACAAUUCCUUUAAAAAUGCAAGUCAAAUCACAAUGGAAAGCUUUUGUCGAAUGUUGGUGGACCACUCACAGGGGCCCGUAACACAAAGGUUAGCGAUUGAUCGUAAGCUUGAUUUUUCACGAUUAAUUGUACAUUGUAGUCAAUGGAAUCGAUCAUAGAAAAUUGUUCUACGAUCAUUGCUAAGUAUUGCGUUACGGGCCCCAGGACAGCAGAUCAUCCGAAGAUUUAUACCGACGAACAAUUACAAGUAUAUGUUGGUAUCCAGCGUAAAGACACUACGCUGCUGUCCCCGGUCCACCAUGCUUUCGACAAUAGCCUCUCGGCUUUCCAUUGUGGUUUGACUUGUAUUUUCAAAGGAAAAGCCAGUUCGUAGUUCCUCUCUGCGCUUGAUCAGAGGAAGGUCAUUUGUACUAAAGUGACAUGGUGGUUUAAAAUCUGAGACAAGCACCAACUUUGAUGUCUUGAUUAUUCAUAUAUUCUUUUGAAUUGUGGUUCUCAUUUACAUCCACAAAAAACCACAACGCGUCCACGAACGACUGGUUUUCAGUUUGCCAAGUACAUUGUGCAACAUGCUAUGAUAUGCAUUCAAAGUAGGAAUGCAACAGAUACCUUCAUGAAGUGUUCAUUGGUGUGCUAUUCUAGUCACCUGGUCUAUUCAAUUUCUUCAUCCUGCUAUGUAAGGCAAGCUUACGUAAUAUUUUGCUUUGAAAUCUGCCUAUCAUAAUGAAAGGUCAUUUGACCGAAAAUUGUCCAUAAUAAUAAUAAUAGGCAUUUAUAUAGCGCCCUCUAUCUAGAAAUAUUCUAUUCCAAGGCGCGAUGUUAUCAUUAUUAUUACCCCGGCUUUAGCUCGAGCUGCCUUUCAGCGCUCAUGCAUUCAAGGAAUUAAUCCUACCGGGUACCCAUUCACCUCACCUGGGUUGAGUGCAGCACAAUGUGAAUACAUUUCUUGCUGAAGGAAAUUACGCCAUGGCUGGGAUUCGAACCCACGACCCUCUGUUUCAAAGUCUGAAGACUAAUCCACUGGGCCACAACGCUCCAUGAGUAACUACGAACUGGUCUAUCAGGGCGCUACACAGAGAGGCUGUGUGGUGAUUGCGAAACUCUAGUAUUGUCCAGUCCGUUUCAUUACAAAUUACACCAUGUGUAUAUUUCAUUGUUUCAUCUAUAUUGAAAUGUAUGAAUAAAUGGAAUAACAAAAUGUA